GAACCUCCGAAGCCGUGUAGGUUUGGAAGGCUUAAAUCCAAGUUUGGAAAGGCUUUUUCCGUGCCAAAUGAUUUGCUGGCUUAAGCGCUUAAUUAGGAUGGCUUUUGAACAAGUUGGAUUAAACAUGGAAUCAGUGCUUUGGUCAAGCAAGCCUUACGGUUCAUCUCGAAGUAUUGUAAGAAAAAUUGGCACUAACCUCUCUCUUAUACAGUGUCCAAGAGUUCAGUUUCAGCUUACAUCUCAUGCCACAGAGGGAAACCAUCCUAAUCAGCUUAGAGAUGAUGCAGUGGCCUCCUUUGCAGAUGUGGGAUGGGUUGCUCAAGAAGAAGGUGAAGUCUCUACAAGGCUCAGGUCAGAAGUUUGGUCAAAACCAGCCCAGCCUCUUUCAGAUGAACUACGUCAUUCCAGAAAGUCCCCAUGCAGACAGAUGUCCUUACAAAACUCGUUGGAAGAAGAACCGGUGUCGAGGAGCACAGUGACUGCAAAUGAUGAAGCUCUGCAGAAGAUCAGUGCUCUGGAAAAUGAACUAGCUACUUUAAGAGCACAAAUAGCCAAAAUUGUAAUCUUGCAAGAACAACAGAACCUGAUACCAGUUGGGUCGAGUCCAGUUGCUUCAGCUGCUGUCCCUGUUGCACCUCCACCACCGCCACCUCCUCCGCCACCGCCACUCCCUCCCCCAAGCCUACAGCAGAGCAUGUCUGCAAUUGAGCUCAUUAAAGAAAGGAAAAACAAAAAAACGAACUCUGGACAGAAGCCGACAGAAAAUGGGCCAAAGAGGUCUGAAAUACCAAACAUGCUAGAAAUCCUCAAAGACAUGAACAGCGUGAAACUACGCUCAGUGAAAAGAUCAUCAGAGGGUACAAAAUCUAAAGUAGCUGAUCCUGCAGAUCCCGCAGCAUUAAUAGCAGAAGCACUCAAAAAGAAAUUUGCUUAUCGAUACCGAAGCGAUAGCCAAAGUGAAACAGAAAAGGUGAUUCCAAAGACUGAAACAAAGACAAAGACUGAGGUAGUGCUGUUUGGACCGCACAUGCUGAAGUCUACAGGAAAAAUGAAGACUUUAAUUGAAAAAUCUUAACUUAUAAAGAUUACUACACGAAAGACUGUUAAGCUGUUUUGUCUGAAAUCUUUUAUGUUGCAAAUAGCACUAGUACUGAGUGGUCUCUUACAGGAAAAACCUAAUGUGAAAUGUAGAAUUGAGGCACUAAACAUGUUUGUAUGUGAUUGAUCAAGGGGAAUAAAUUUGACCAUUAUACUCAGGUAUUAAUUUUGUAUUCAAACCUGGCUUUCUACUCAGACUUAUGUGGUGGUUUUAGUUUAUUAACACUAAGUUAUAUAUACAACAUUCUUCGUGCGUAACUGACUGCCUUAGAAAUUUGUGUACAGGUUAAUACUGAUAGUGAUACAUCUUUAAGUUAAUAUCAGUUAUUUGAGCUCUAACUAUAACUUGCACUACAAUGUUUAGUUUGAUA